UCCGGCUCCGGCUCCGGCUCCGGCUCCGGCCAUGGGCAAGCUCCGCGCUGCGGCUGCCGGCGGUCUCCGGCGAAGCAGCAGAAGAGCGGCACCGCCUGCGGGGCAGGGCAGGAAGGGUGUGUUGCCUCCCGGAGCAGGGACCCCGGCUUCAGCGCCUGCCCCGCCUUGUGCCCAGCAUCUGUUCAGUGACCCAGCUGAGAUCCAGGCCCUGCGCAGGAACCUGCUUGCGUGGUAUGACAAAUGCAAGCGAGACCUUCCCUGGAGGACACUGGCAGCUACUGAGCCAGAUGCUGACAGACGAGCGUAUGCAGUGUGGGUGUCUGAGAUCAUGCUCCAGCAGACACAGGUUGCUACAGUGAUUGACUACUACAAUCGCUGGAUGCAGAAGUGGCCGACGCUGCAGGCUUUGGCACAAGCGUCCCUGGAGGAGGUGAAUGAGCUGUGGGCAGGACUUGGCUACUACUCAAGAGGGAAGCGUCUGCAGGAGGCUGCAAAGAAGGUGGUGUCAGAGCUGGCCGGCCGGAUGCCCAGGACAGCUGAGGACCUGCAAAAGCUGCUGCCAGGAGUGGGCCGAUACACAGCGGGAGCAAUAGCAUCUAUCUCGUAUGGGCAGGCUACUGGCGUCGUGGAUGGGAACGUGAUCAGAGUGCUGUGCCGCCUGCGGUGUGUUGGUGCUGACUCCAGCAGCCCAGCUGUCACUGACUGGCUCUGGGACAUGGCCAAUGCCGUGGUCGACAGGAGCCGCCCAGGGGAUUUUAACCAAGCUCUGAUGGAGCUGGGGGCAACUGUGUGUGUGCCCAAGGCCCCGCUGUGCGGGGAGUGCCCUGUGAAGAAGCAAUGCCGAGCGUGGCAGAGGGUGGAGAAGGAGCUGGCCCUUGCCACUCAGAAACUGCUUGGAAAACCCACCCCAGUGCCUGAUGUUGAGGACUGUGGCAGUGGGGAUUGUGCCCUGUGCCCCCCAGCUGUGGAGCCUUGGGACAGUGGCCUAGGUGUGACCAACUUCCCCCGGAAAGCAGCGAAGAAGCAGCCAAGGGCAGCACGAACAGCUACAUGUGUGCUGGAGCGGAGGGGCUGCCAUGGGGCCCCUGAGUACCUCAUCGUGCAGAGACCCAGCUCAGGUCUCCUGGCUGGGUUAUGGGAGUUCCCAAGUCUCCCGGUGGCUCAGGGUGUGCAGGAGGAGAAGCAGAGAGAGGUGCUGGCCAAUCACCUUCAGGCUUGCAUGGGGCAGCCUGUGGCAGCUGGAGGCCUGCAGCUCAUUGGAGAGGUGAGCCUGAAGCCAAGGAGAUUGCAAUAUAAGCUCCCUGUGCUCAGCUGCAGGGUUGUCCACAUCUUCUCUCACAUCCACCAGACAUAUGUGGUCUAUUCCCUGCCCCUGGAUGGGGAUGUGACCUGGGAUCCUGCCUCAUCCCCAUCCCGCUGGGUGACGGAGGAGGAGUUCCAUACCUCUGCUGUUUCCACAGCCAUGAAGAAGGUGUUGAAAGCAUGUGAGAAGCAGCGCAGGAAAGAGAGCAGCCCCAGCACGGGCCCCAAGAGGAAGCGGGGGGCAAAAAUGCAGAGAGUGAGCAGCACCUGUCCUGGGACACAGCUCUCGCUCCAUGCCUUCCUUCUGGCACCAACUGCUAAAUGAUGGCACCUUCCACAUAUGAGACCACCAGAGACCCAUGCUGUAGCGAGUCCUGCCUGCAGUGUGGGGAUAGUGUUCCAUAUACUGCUCUUAGCCCAGCACCUGUAGGUCCUGUCUCACUCCUUGCAGAGCCCACCAGGUCCCCGGCAACAGUUGUGUCUUGAUGUCACUGUGAUCCUAGCAGCAACCUGUGGCCAGGCUCUCCCCGCCCCUGCUGGGCUGGAGCAUGCUUGGAGUUUAGUCAGUCCUGUACAGCUGCCACCCCAGCACUGCAGACUCAGCAGCAGAGGUUUCUCACUGGCAGCAGGGAGACUGCCCUCCUCACUCCUGCAGCCCUCUCCAUAGCUGCCAGCCUGCACCUGGCCUGCUGGUCAGUGACUGUGGAUGCUGCUGUGGCUCUCCUCACCCACAGCCCUUUUUUUAGACUUGUUUUUAUUCAACCUGAGCCACAGGCUUUCUAAUAAUAAAUUUCCUGAAGUGUG